AUGGAUAAACUGGAAGAGUUACUAAAGGAUUUCAAAGACUUAGCUGAAAAAGAUGCGCAGAUCAAGUAUUCUGUAAAUGCUAUAAAGAGGUAUAAGACCAGCGACUACACGGAUGUUGACGAUGAACGCAAAAGCCGGCACAAGCGAAACAUCAUUACGGUUGAUGAUAACUUGAAAAUCAAUUACGAAAUGGUUAAAACUGCGCCAGGAACGUUUAUAGAAAGCAGCGUUUCCGCAACGAAAAACAAGGCCGUUAAAGAAAAAGCAGGCAGGGUCGCCAAGAUGAAGACUAAUUACUAUAAGAAAAGGCUUUAUAAUAUGAAUGAGCAGUUUUUGGCCGAACACGGUACUCCUGACCAGUCCGGUAGCGCGACGAGCAGCUCCAACAGCCCCAGUGUUUCUGAAGGCCUCAAUUGGUCUCCUGAAGUCGAAGGCGCGUCCUUUGAGCAGCAAUUAGAGUGGCUCAGCGAAAUGCACACCGAGUUAAUGGAGCAAUACCGUUAUUUGCUACAGGAAGAGAAAAAAUGGUUUUUAAAGAAAGAAGUGAUGUUAGACGCGAAUGUAAAGCUGGAUCUCUACGCGACUCGCGACGAUGAAAACGGCGGGUUGCAACUGGGGAAUAGAGAAAGUAGUGAGAUGUGCUCAUUUCCUGUAUAG